UAAAAAGCGAACGAAUCAUUCGCCAAUUACCGAACCUCUUUUUCGAUUUUUCUGUCGCGUUAUCCACUUUACAAGCGUUUCGCUCCAGUCUAGUUUCACAUGCUUUUCGGUAUCGUGGUUUAGUUACUUUUUUAAAACAAUUUUUUUUAAAGAGAUACGAAUUUUUUUCGUAUAUAAAAAAAAUCUCGCUGAUAAGAGAUUGCGUUUCUGUACGGUUUGAAACGAUAGAAUUUUUUCGAAUCGAAAUAUUACGUCCGUGCUGUGAUUUAGUGGUUAUUUUUAUUUAUUUUUUUUUUAGUAGAUUUUCGUGCGGAUUUUUUAGUUUUUUAUCAUGUUAUUGGCUACUAUAGCUUUGAAAAAAUUAUUCGCGUUUGCAUCUUGCGAACAUGUUGUUACGAUCCGGGAGGCAUGUCAGGACAUGGUGCUCUCAGACGAACAGCUGAAGGAGAUUUCCACCAGAUUGUUGAAAAGCAUAAACGAAGGAUUGGAUAAAAAUUCGCACGAUUCGGCCGCUGUAAAAUGCUUCGUAACUUACGUGCAAGAUUUACCCAAUGGAAAAGAACGUGGCAAAUUUCUCGCUUUGGAUUUGGGUGGAACCAACUUCCGAGUUUUACUCAUCACUCUGGAUGAAAACCAUUUCGACAUGAAAUCGAAAAUCUACGCUAUUCCACAAAGCAUUAUGAUUGGUCCUGGUGCACAAUUAUUCGAUCAUAUCGCCGAAUGUUUAAUAAAUUUCAUGAAAGAUCAAGGCGUAAGUAACGAAAGGCUGCCGCUCGGAUUCACUUUUAGUUUUCCACUCAGGCAACUCGGACUGACCAAGGGUCUUUUAUCACAAUGGACCAAAGGUUUCAAUUGUAGCGGCGUCGUAGGCGAAGACGUAGUGCAGAAGCUAAAAGAAGCGUUAGAAAGACGAGGGGAUAGAACCAUUGAUCCAUGCGCGAUUUUGAACGAUACUACAGGAACGUUAAUGUCGUGCGCUUGGAAGAAUAUUAAUACCCGUAUCGGAAUCAUCGUAGGUACCGGAUGCAACGCUUGCUACGUAGAAAAAGUUGAAAAUGUCGAUUUAUUUGACGGUGAUAAAUCGAAACCGUAUGUUAUUAUAAACACAGAAUGGGGUAAUUUCGGAGCUGAUGGCGCAUUGGAUGAUAUAUUGACCGAAUACGAUAGAGAAAUCGAUGAGAAAUCUUUGAAUCCUGGAAAACAAAUAUUCGAAAAAAUCAUCAGUGGAAUGUACAUGGGAGAAAUCGUGAGGUUAAUGUUGGUGAAAUUCACCAAACAGAAGUUACUCUUCAACGGACAAGGAUCUGAAAAAUUGAGCACGAAAGGAUCGUUCCUGACUAAAUACGUUUCCGAUAUUGAAAACGACGUAGCCGAUUCGCACGUCAAAUGUCGCGAAGUAUUCGCCGAAUUAGAUUUAAGCCACGCUUCAGACCAGGACUGCGUCAAUGUUAGGUAUAUUUGCGAAAUAGUCUCGAGGAGAGCCGCUCAUCUGGUCUCGGCCGGUGCAGCUACUUUAAUCAAUAAGAUGGAUUUCAAUUCGGUUACUAUCGGUGUAGACGGCUCGGUAUACAGGUUCCAUCCGCAAUUCCAUCAUCUAAUGGUUGAAAAAAUCAGCCAAAUGAUCAGACCUAAAGUGAAAUUCGACAUUAUGCUGUCGGAAGACGGUAGUGGUAGAGGAGCUGCCCUCGUAGCAGCUGUGGCGAGUCGUUGAUUUACCUGUGCGCUUUGUUAAUGUUCUCUCCAUUGUAUAUGUAUACUAUCCAUACAGUUAUGUACGCAGAUUUUCUGCUAUAUAAAGAGCUGUUUCGCCUGAGUAUUUAUUUUACACUUGUAUGUUAAUUUAUUUUUUAAGACUUUUUUUUUUCAAUUUUUUUUUUUUUUAGUCACUAAACUAUAGUCGAUAUUUUUCGCGUUUAAAUGAUUAUAUAUUUUUGAACAAUAAUAAUUUAUAAAUACGCUGUUACCAUAACGCGGAGGAUAUUCAUGAAAGAGUUUUUAAAGGCCUUCAUUUUUUUAUUUAUUUAUUUAUUUAAAAAAUAAUGACGAUACGAUGAUUAUGAUGAUUGAUGUUGACGAAUAGUGUAGAUAAGUUUCCUUUACUAUUAUUAUUUUUUUAUUUUAUUUUUGUAGCGUUUGUAUAUAGUUUUUAUUUAGUUACCAUGUUGUGAUGAUGUAUUUGGAAAUUGUACGAAUUGUGUUAAAAAUAUACGUUUUAUUUAUAUGUAAAAUGCAAAACGUGUUGUUUAUCGUGAAUGCCUAAUAAAUUGUGUAUUUGUUGAUCA